UUUUUUUUUUCCAUUUCUGCUCUUUUAAAAUUAGGAAUCAAGUACUGGAAAUGUUUGAUCAUGCUUAUGGUAAUUAUAUGGAACAUGCUUACCCAGCUGACGAACUCAUGCCUUUAACCUGCAGAGGUCGUGUUAGAGGCCAGGAGCCAAGUCGGGGUGACGUUGAUGACGCCUUGGGAAAAUUUUCUCUGACACUGAUUGAUUCUUUGGACACUCUUGUGGUAUUAAAUAAAACUAAAGAAUUUGAAGACGCGGUGAGAAAAGUUUUAAGAGAUGUUAAUUUAGAUAAUGAUGUAGUGGUAUCAGUCUUUGAAACAAACAUCAGAGUUCUUGGGGGUCUUUUGGGUGGACACUCACUGGCAAUCAUGCUGAAAGAAAAAGGCGAGUACAUGCAGUGGUACAAUGAUGAACUUCUCCAAAUGGCAAAGCAACUGGGCUACAAACUUCUACCAGCUUUCAAUACUACCAGUGGCCUUCCUUAUCCAAGAAUUAAUUUAAAGUUUGGUAUCAGAAAACCAGAAGCUCGGACGGGAACCGAGACAGAUACCUGCACAGCUUGUGCGGGUACCUUGAUCCUUGAGUUUGCUGCUUUAAGCCGAUUCACAGGAGCAACAAUAUUUGAGGAAUAUGCAAGAAAAGCUCUUGAUUUUCUCUGGGAAAAAAGGCAGCGAAGUAGUAAUUUAGUGGGCGUGACUAUAAACAUUCAUACUGGCGACUGGGUGCGGAAAGACAGUGGAGUGGGAGCAGGGAUUGAUUCAUAUUAUGAAUAUCUAUUGAAAGCCUAUGUCUUGCUUGGAGAUGACAGCUUUCUUGAAAGAUUUAAUACACACUACGACGCCAUAAUGAGGUACAUCAGCCAGCCGCCGCUGCUCCUCGACGUGCACAUCCACAAGCCGAUGCUCAAUGCACGGACUUGGAUGGAUGCUCUGCUUGCCUUUUUCCCAGGUUUGCAGGUCUUAAAGGGGGAUAUUAGACCUGCUAUUGAAACUCAUGAAAUGCUAUAUCAGGUGAUUAAAAAACACAAUUUUCUACCAGAGGCAUUUACCACAGAUUUCAGGGUGCACUGGGCCCAACAUCCUUUAAGGCCAGAAUUUGCAGAAAGUACCUACUUCUUGUAUAAAGCUACAGGAGAUCCUUACUACCUUGAAGUAGGGAAAACACUUAUUGAAAAUUUAAAUAAAUAUGCUAGAGUGCCUUGCGGAUUUGCUGCCAUGAAGGAUGUUCGCACUGGAAGUCAUGAGGACAGAAUGGAUUCUUUCUUCUUGGCGGAAAUGUUUAAAUAUCUUUACCUGUUAUUUGCGGAUAAAGAAGACAUUAUUUUUGACAUAGAAGAUUAUAUCUUUACAACAGAAGCUCAUCUGUUACCUCUCUGGCUUUCUACUACAAGUCAGAAUAUCUCUAAGAAGAACACAACUUCAGAGUAUACAGAACUGGAUGACAGUAAUUUUGACUGGACUUGUCCAAACACUCAGAUCCUCUUCCCUAAUGACCCCCUCUAUGCUCAGAGCAUUCGUGAACCGUUGAAAAACGUGGUGGACAAGAGCUGUCCGAGAGGCAUCAUCAGAGUCAGAGAGGAGAGUUUCAGGAGUGGAGCUAAACCCCCUCUGAGAGCCAGAGAUUUCAUGGCCACUAACCCCGAGCAUUUAGAAAUCUUGAAGAAGAUGGGGGUGAGUUUGAUUCACCUCAAAGAUGGGCGAGUCCAGUUGGUUCAGCACGCAGUCCAAGCUGCUAGUUCAAUUGACGCUGAAGACGGGCUGAGGUUCAUGCAGGAGAUGAUUGAAUUGUCAAGUCAGCAGCAGAAAGAGCAGCAGCUGCCGCCGCGGGCAGUGCAGAUUGUCUCGCACCCGUUUUUUGGCCGCGUGGUGUUAACCGCUGGGCCCGCCCAGUUCGGGCUGGAUCUGUCUAAGCAUAAAGAGACAAGAGGAUUUGUUGCAAGCAGUAAACCAUACAAUGGUUGUUCAGAGCUUACUAACCCCGAGGCGGUGAUGGGGAAGAUCGCCCUGAUACAAAGGGGACAGUGCAUGUUUGCAGAAAAGGCACGCAACAUCCAGAAUGCUGGGGCCAUUGGUGGCAUUGUUAUCGAUGACAAUGAGGGGAGCAGCAGCGACACGGCGCCUCUGUUCCAGAUGGCCGGUGACGGGAAGGACACGGAUGACAUCCAGAUCCCCAUGCUGUUCCUCUUCAGUAAAGAAGGGAGCAUCAUACUGGACGCUAUCCGGGAAUACGAGGAGGUCGAGGUGCUCCUUUCUGACAAAGCAAAAGAUCGAGAUCCUGACUUGGAAACUGAAGAACCACCAUCCUCUGAAAAUGACUCUCAGAAUCAGAGUGCUGAACAGAUCGUGUCAAGUUCUCAGGAGGUUGGUUUGGUUGACCAGGAGUCUCCUGAAGAAAGUUCUCCAAACUCUCACCCAGAAUCAUCAUCUCCAGCAGACACGGACAUUGCUGCAAGCGUUUCUCCUUCUGAACAGAAUUCUAAUCCCGCAGAAAACCAUGAGACUACAAGUCUUGAUGGCGAAUGUACAGAUCUAGAUAACCAGCUUCAAGAGCAAUCAGAAACUGAGGAGGAUGCCAGUCCUAACGUUAGCUGGGGUAAAAAGGGCCAGCCUAUAGACGCCAUAUUAGCAGACUGGAACGAAGAUAUAGAAGCAUUUGAAAUGAUGGAGAAGGAUGAGCUCUGACUCACCAGAGUCUCCCUGGUGGUAGGUAUUUAGAAAGAAAAGGUAAACUGUGGUUAACAGACACCCUGAGGCGAAGCAGGCUCUCUCAUGGGAGGCUCUAAGUGCAGUGACGAGCAACCUCGUUCUGACCGGGAGAGCUAGUUGCCAUAGGGAUCUGGAGCAUGCUGUGUUAGAACUGACCUUGUUUAAAACUGUCCCAUCAAAAAUGGAAACUCACAGGCCCCCCGCCUCAGGUGACAGCACCAGACCACCCUGCAGCACCUCAGGCCAGGGUGAGAUUAGCAGGCAUUCCUAGGAGCCAGAUUCCUGCCGUCUCUGGAUAGGUAAGAAAUUCCCUUAACUCUGAGAUAGGGAAUACGAAUUUGUAGAUCUUCGUAAAGGAAGCUCGGCUUUCUUGCUUCGGGGGUCAGAGGCUCUUUGGGGAAGACAUGUAUGAGUAUUGUGGGCAUUCGGGUUAUGCUGCCUUCACAAAAACAAAGCGACCUAAGAGGGUAUGAAGCAAAUGCAUUCACGGGGCAGACGGCCUUUGCUCGUCACUGUCAGUUGCCUCAUUAUGUCACACGAUCGAGAUGACUUGAUUUUUCCCCUCUUAACCAUGUCCUUUUCCUUUAAACCAAAGGCAAAGCCAUUGUACUUUCUCAGUGAGUUCUCUGCAUAAAGACUAAUCAUUGGGACGAGGUAAAAAGGUCAUAUAACAUAUUGUGGAAAUUGGUUACUUAAUACUUUUGAAAAAUGGAGCAAGGGAGAAACUAUAAUGUUGCAAUAUGAACUUGCCAUUGGGCCUUCCACAGGGAAAGCUGUGACUACUCUGAAACGGAACUUGAGGUUAUGUAUCCUGCUAGGGCAAAUCAGAAGUCUUUUCCAGUUCAUUUCUUUGGAGGUGACUGCCUCCAGCCAUCAGCCUUACUCCAUCCCAUGUUUAGUAUGCAUUUUGAGCCACAAGGCCUGUGUUGCCAAUAGCUGAAGACGUUUUGUUCCAUUUUCCUGUCCUAGGGAGCCAUGAUAAAACUGUGGUAGUGAUCUGAAAAUGCUGGGGUAACUACUAUUUUUCCUCCUUUGAAACUAUGGUUUCUAAAAGUUGUACCUAAGGAGUCUGUCACGUUUUCUGUUGAAUCACGGUUUUUAAGUUUGCUUUAAAAAAAAAAAUCCUUCUGAUAUGGACUUGAAAACUAGUCUCUGGUGACCUGUGUAGAGAGCACAGCAGCAGCUAACGUGUAGCCACAGCUUAAUGAGAAUUAACACCCCUCUUUCUUCUCGGUGGCAGUCUGCUGCUGGCCACGUUUAAGUUUAAAAACCUUUUUUACCGAUACCUGUAGACAGCCCUGUAGUUGAAAUCAUGGCUUUACUCAUUUUAUUUAUUUUUUUUAAGCUUACCUGAAUCAGUUCUAAAGGAAUAUUUGAGACUUAGUUUCCUUUUUCUUUUCCAUGACAUUAUACAAUUACCUUUUCUUAAAACACAGUUUUUGCGGUACUGGUGAACUUAAACUGUAUAUGGAACUGUUCAAAGAGCAGCAGUGCCGUAUUGUAGUUAUGUAUAUUCAUGUACAGUAUGUCAUAGAUCCCAGGUAAACAUAUUCUUUAAUAAGGGGGUAAAUAGCUGCUUUCAAAAAUCCCAGCUAAACGUAAUUGGGUCGAUGAGUGAUAAACCUCACAGAGAAUUCACUUGGGGGCGGGGGGGCGGGUAGUAUAUGAGACCUUUAUUGGCCCUUAAUUAAACCCGACACUAAAAUGGGUAUUUUUAGUCUCUCUGCAUGUGAAGUUUGGUAUAAGAAGGUAGAACUAGAAUACAUAAAGUAUACAGAAGGAUAGACAUAGUGCUUCGUUCAUCUUAAUUGCAAAGCUGCCAAAAUAGCUGAAGCUUAAUUACUUGACUUGCCUUGAAUUAUAGGACUGGGGCUUGGAGAACAGGGGUAGGUGUCCCUGUAAGACUUGGAUUACAGAAGCCUUAUACACAUUAAUUUGAUUUUGUGUUUGUAGCUCAGAGCCACUGUCGUCUAAACCCAACUUUUCUAAGUUAUCAAAACAGUGGAGUUUUCUUUCCAGCAGAGACCUUGUGGCAUACAAGCUAAAAGCCAGCCCACUGCCACUCUUCCUUCCUUUGGCCAUUAGGGGGAGCUGUUGCCAUUCAUUGAGGUCUAGAAGCAAAUUGUUCACUUGUUUAGGGAAAAAAAUGAAUCCCUAAAAAAAAAGAAAACUUAAUAAGUUACACUGAACACCCAGAAGGAAUUAUACUUGAUUUUUCCCUAGCUAAGGAAAGAAAGCAUAAGGUUCAGCUUCAAAACUCCAACGUUGUCAUUGACUCUCCAUUCUUAAUUGACAUACUGCCACGAAGUUGUUUUCAAGUUCAUUAAAAACUUUCAACAACAUUAGGCUUUUCUUAAAAUGUUUUGUUUUUUAAAUACCUUUUAUAGCAUGUUAUUUACUUCCUAAAAAUUCAGCGUGUUGUAUGUGACCCUGAAUUUUAGAAACAUCUGGUCUACCUCAGUUAACGUUGCCUGCAUAGAGAGAAGAGCUGACGUGAUCACCACAGCCAUAACAUUGCUUGACUAAGAAGGAUUUAUACAAUGUUUACAAACCUGGAAUCAAGUAAGGGUUUUAUCUGAAAGUUAAAAGUUAGAUAUUGGAGAAGGUAUUUUAUUCAGGUAUUUUCAAGUUUUAAAACUUAACUUGUUUACCUACUAAAAAUAGCUAUAGUUUUUUUCUGCUUAGGAAAGUCCAUUGAAACAAUAUGCCCUAAUUUUCAGUACUUUUCCCAUGAAGCUUUAGGCGUGAGAGAACUGCAAUUUACCAGGUAUGUUUGGGGUGGGAUAUUUGGUUGGGUUGGUUUCCUUUUUUCCUUGUAACUUUGAAUAGGCUUCCAGUAGGAAUACAAGUGUUGUUUCAGAACAAAUUUUUUGACAUGAUACUUUUUCUUUUCUUUUUUUUUUCCCCACCGUAUUGGAGGGUAAAAUGAAUAAUUGUGCACUCUCUGAUUUUAACCUAAUUACUCUCUCAAGAUUUUUUUUAAUUUAAAUUACCAUCACACAGCCCUUUUUAUAGUAAAACCAGCAUUUGUUCCCUUACCAAACCCCAUGCCAAAUUCAUCAUAAAGAAAGCUCAGCACAGGUAAUUCAAAUAGCGCUUAUAAUUUUAGAGAGGGGAGUGCAUUUAGUAAACAUUACAACCGGUCGUUUUAUGCACAAGGCUUCAGUCAGAACAUAGAAAAAAAAAACAUUCUGUGAAUGAAAUAUUGUAUGUUCAGAUUUUAUAAAAGACAUUUUUAAAAGCCCAAUUUACAGCCGUAUAUUUUCUUAUGAUGUAAUUUAUGAAAAAGAUGUCUGUACUAACAGGUGCUGUAACACUACUGUUGUUGGAUUUUAUUGUUUGGUGAUAAACGUGUACAAUAUUUCUAAGGGAAACUAUGUACUGUGAUGUAAAAGUCUGGGCAAAAUGUAUAUAAUCCUUGUAUAUAAUUGUGUAUUUGAUUAUAAUUACUGAUUGUAAAGAUUUAAUAAAAUAUGUAAAUAUUC